AUGCAACCAACUAAACAGCCGUUGAAACUACCACGUGUCACCUAUCAGCAAAGCAAGAUGUCUUUUCCCCUCGUCGAAGAUAUCUAUAGCAUUGUACCGUUGCCAUUUGUGCAGGAGGUUCCAGUACCAGCCAGCUUAGAAGACCGUCCCAACGCUUUGCGUCUUGUCCGAUAUCUUGGGGGCCGUCCCCCCCCUCUUCCGUCCAAUCCAUAUACGUUUACAAUUCCCGGUCACACUCUCAAACAUGCCCAAGACUUUGCCCAUGCCAUGGAAGGAACCGUGCGUUGGACUACUCAAAAGCAAAAACCCGACAAACACUUGCCUCAAUCCAGUUCAGCCGUCAAGGCCGGUCCGGGCAGGCCCACCACGAAUCGCUUCAAACUCGAGUUCAAAUGUCCCCGCGCUGGACAUGCAAUAAGGCCAGUAAACUCACGGAAGACGCACGACUCCCAAAAGAUUGGCUGCACCGCACGUUUCACGAUAUCCCAUCACAUCACCACCAACACACUCCGGGUCUUUUGGCUGAACCGUAACCAAGCCCCUCCUGGUCUGACUCGGCGAAUUUCACACAACCCAGCAUUGCUGACUGAACCCAACCACCAAGCUCAACCAACAACGAUGGCUCGAUUCAAACUAGACGUACAGAAGCGACAGCACAGGGAGCGGUCUCAACCCUUGGCGAGACAGCGACUGGGAUUACUCGAGAAACAUGCCGAUUAUGUCAAACGAGCAAAGGAUUACAACUCAAAGAAGGAUCGUCUCCAGAAACUUCGACUCAAAGCUAGCCUCAAGAACCAGGAUGAGUUUUACUUCAAGAUGAUCAACUCGAAAACUGUCAAAGGUGUCCACUAUAACGAUAAGACCAAUACCCCUCUCGAUAAUUCACUUGUCAAGUUACUGAAGACUCAAGACUUUAAUUAUAUUAAAACCUGUCGAGCGAUCGAAGAGAGGAAAAUCACGAAAAUCAAAGACAGGCUAGGACCAAUGAUCAUCCGAGUCCAGUCUGAAGAUUCCGGUGGAUCCUCAGACUUACAAGAAAAAGCUAUCCAGUUGAUCAAUCAAAGCAUCACAGCCACACACGCCAAGAAUACCGCCAACUCAGACCAAGCAGGAUCAGAACUCGAUCAUGAUGAUCAAGCCUUAGUCAAACCCGGGAAAAAAACAAUUUUCGUGGAUUCAGUUGAAGAGGUCAAAAACUUCAGCAUCACUUCUCUAGGAAAGAAAACGAAGAAGGACAAAGCUCAAUCGACCAGUAAAUCUAUUACGAAGAAGGAAUCUCAAACCAAAGGAGCUUUUACCGAAGAAUUCUCGGAUGGGGAAGAUCAACUGACGCCAGAUCCAGAGAAACACAUGCAGAAAUUAAUGGUUGAAUUACAAACGAGGUUAACGAGACUGAGAGUUUUACAGACGGCGGAGAGAGAGAUGGAGUUGAAGAGAUCGCUGAUGGGCAAAGGGUCGAAGUUUCUGAAGUUCCGGCCCUCGAGUCAGAAGCUCAGACAGGAUGGCUUGGUCAACGGUCGCGACCUGAGCUGGUACGAUAAACUGGAUAGGAAUCAGAUCGUCGAGGAUGAGCUCGAGCGCGAACGGCUCGAGAAGGCGAAUUCGGGUAUCAAAACUGGCGCUCAAGUCUGGAAAUGGAAGCAAGAACGUAAAAAAUAA